AUGGAGAACCAAGACAUCUCACAGACGACCAAUGAGAAAAUUUUCGUUGAGCAGAAGUUAGCUGUAGAGUCCAUCCGGACAUUUCUCAACUCGAAAACCUCAUACGAUGUUUUGCCAGUUUCAUACAGGCUGAUUGUUAUGGAUACAGCGUUGCUAGUGAAGAAGUCCCUAAAUGUUUUGCUACAGAAUAAUAUUGUAUCGGCACCUCUAUGGGACUCUCAAACUUCAAAAUUUGCAGGGCUUCUAACGUCCAGCGACUUUAUCAACGUCAUACAGUACUACUUUUCAAACCCAGAUAAAUUUGAGCUGGUAGACAAGCUACAAUUGAACGGAUUAAAGGACAUUGAAAGGAUUAUUGGGGUCGAGCCUCUAGAUACUGCAUCCAUCCACCCUUCAAGACCAUUAUUUGAGGCAUGUCUCAAAAUGAUGGGCUCUAGAAGCCGGAGAAUUCCCUUGAUUGAUCAGGACGAGGAGACACACAGAGAGAUUGUAGUUAGUGUUUUGACACAGUACAGAAUUUUAAAAUUUGUUGCGCUGAAUUGCAGAGAGACGAAUUUCCUGAAAAGACCUAUUGGUGAACUGGGGAUAAUCACCGAAAAUGAUGUAAAGAGAUGUCAAAUGACCACCCCGGUUAUCGAUGCAAUCCAACUGCUUUCCAGCAACGGUAUUGCAUCUAUUCCCAUUGUGGACGAUAACGGCGUACUAUUAAACGUUUAUGAAGCCAUCGACGUGCUUGGCCUAAUAAAGGGAGGCAUUUAUAACGAUCUAUCCCUGAGUGUGGGUGAAGCGUUAAUGAGAAGAAGCGAUGAUUUUGAAGGUGUAUAUACGUGCACCAAGAAUGACAAACUUUCCACCAUUAUGGAUAACAUAAGAAAGGCGAGAGUCCAUAGAUUUAUUGUAGUGGACGAUGCUGGGAAGCUUACUGGGGUCUUGUCUCUAGACGACAUUUUAAGAUAUAUUCUGUUAGGCGAAAAAUGA